AUGAAGCCAGCCCAGGUGUAUGAGUUCAUGAAGCAGUUUUACGGAGGAGCUGACAAAGUGCCUUUUGCAAAAAUGGAUUGCAAUAACGAGAUUGGACGUGAGCGCAGAAAGUACUUAGAAGCCAAUGAUGUACAGACACUGGUAGAAUACCUGAGAAACAAACAGUCACAGGAUCCUACAUUUUUUUAUGCCGUUCAGGUAGAUGAGAAAGAUGGUCGGAUAGCAAAUUUUUUCUGGGCAGAUGGUCAAUCUAUUAUGGACUACAAAUGCUUUGGUGAUGCUGUGUCAUUUGACACUACAUUUCAGACUAAUAAGUUUGAGAUGCCUUUUGCUCCGAUCCUUGGAACAAACCAUCACAAGCAGACGAUAAUAUUUGGGGCUGCAUUGAUAUUUAAUGAAUCUAUUGAAUCAUUUGUUUGGCUCUUUGAAACCUUCCUAACAGCAAUGUCAGGCAAGCAUCCAAGGACAAUUUUCACUGAUCAAGACGCGGCCAUGGCUGGAGCAAUUGCUUAUGUAUUCCCAAAUACAAGCCAUCGCCUUUGUUUGUGGCACAUUUACUUAAAUGCUGCUAAACAUCUCGGGCAUGUAAUUCACGAGUCAGAUAACAAGUUUCUACCUGAUUUUAAGAGAUGUGUGUAUGAAGAUAGAUCGGAGGCUUACUUCAUUGAGAAGUGGAAUGAGUUGUUAUCUGAAUAUAAUCUGGAGGAUAACUCUUGGAUGAGAAACCUAUAUGAUUUGAGGGCAAAGUGGGCAGCUGUGUACCGUGAUGCUUUUACAGCGGAUAUGACCUCGACUCAAAGGAGUGAAGGCAUGAACAAUGUGUUUAAGAAAAGAUUUCGUAGGAAACUCGGUCUUUCAGAACUUCUUGUAGAAUGUGAGAAGGUUUCAGUUAGUCUUCGUGAAAAUGAGUUAGAUGAAGACUUUAAUUCACGCCGAAAGGACGCGGUUACUUACACCCCAAAUUUACCUAUGCUGAAGACUGCAGCGGAAUCAUACACAAGAAGGAUGUAUUCUGAGUUUGAGGUGUCAAGAGAACUUAUUGAUGAUUUGGAGAAAGCCAUAGAGAAGUUGGACUUGGAAGCAGAUACUUCUCUUAGCAAGAUGCAAGAAAAAUCAAAUGAGGUUCCUCCAAUUCGCCAUGAAUGUGACACAGGCUCAUUGAAUGGUGUAAUAUCUUUUAGAGUUCCUCAGGUGGUAAAAGGCCCAAAGAAUGCACGGUUCAAAAAUGUGGUUGAAAAGAAGACAGUAAAGUCAAAGAAGAAAAGUGCUAAGAAGAAAGGAGAGGAUCCAAAUACUGCUGCAGAAAAUGGAGAUGGAGGUGCUGAUCCAAAGCAAUUAACUUCUUACGACAAGGGUGCGGUCCUCGAGAUGGCCGACGCGCGGCUGAACGGCGACUUCGACGAGAGGCAGAUGGAGCGUGUGAUGCUCGUCGGGCUCUUGUGUGUCAACCAGGAUCGUGGGAACCGGCUGGGCAUCAGAGAAGCUGUCAAUUUACUCUCGAAUAUCAGACUCUCGAAUAUCAGACACCCGUUACCUGAACCUGAAGGUAUCAGCACAUGA